UCACUCGAGACCGGAGCAUUCAAGCGGCUCCUCGUCCCUCCUUUCUAUCGAGUCCGUGAAAUCGUGAUUAUGAAUGCACAAUUUUAUCUAAACGUAUCGUUUUUGUGAUUCUGAUUAAUUUGAUUUUUAAUGUUGGUUUGGUGCAGGCAUUUGAUUAAGAGAUGGACUCUGCAGCAAGGACUCUCUGCAGCAAUCCUGUUUACACAUCUAUUCCGAGAUUACUUCGUGCCUGCUCUUCUGAAAUCAUAAGCUGGAGAUGCAGUUUCAUUGUGGGAAUAAAGUGAACUUUCCUGGGCAAAGAGUCUGGUCUUCUCGAUUUACUCAAAAAUCAGACAAGAGUGGGGAAGCUCUUAGUGUCAGUUGUAAGAAUUAUAAAAUUUUAAUAGCAAACGGAAGAGAGAUUGAUGUUCGAGUUACUCGUACUGCUCAUGAGAUGGGGAUACCUUGUGUUGCUGUCUACUCGACCAUUGAUGAAGACGCAUUUAAUGUUAAAGCUGGCUGAGUUUGUAUUGGUGAAGCACCAGGUAACCAAGUGUAUCUAGUUGUUCAGAAUGUUCUAUCUGCUGCUGUAAUUUGUGGAUGUACGAUUCUGCAUUCAGGAUAUGGAUGAAUGCAUUGUUUGUCGAAAUGUGCAGAGAGCAUGGAAUCAAUUUUAUUGGACCAAACGAUAUGUGUCAUGGAUGACAAAUCAACUGCCGGGGACACAAUGAAGAAUUCUGGUGUUCCAACUGUACCAGGGAGUAAUGGUUUGUACUUUGUUAAAGAGCACUAAAGAAGCAAUCAGGCUUGCUAAGGAGAUUGGCUACCCUGUGAUGAUUAAGGCUGCUAAAAGUGAGGCUACAGCUGCAUUCAGUAAUGAUGGUGUUUACCUUGAAAAAUACAUCCAGAAUCCUAGGCACGUUGAAUUCCAGGAGUCAGGUAGGUAUUAUGUUACAGUAAGCCGGAAUCCAUGCUCUUUCUUCAUCAAUAACAUUCAUGUUCUCAUUCAAUGUUUUGGGCAUCCACAAACUUAUUCUUGAAGUUGAGGACUUCAAAAAUGGAAAAGUUGACACUGAUUUUAUUCCAGAGCAUGAACAUGAGUCGGCAUAGCCCAAGAAGAUAGUACCAGCUACUCCUGCCAAAGAGUUUGCCAACAUUGCUCAAUAGAGAAGAAAUCCUAAAGGUUGAACAUACUGAUCCGUAAUUUUCAUGAUGCACUACUCUCUUCUCCACAUUCCUUUUCUUCUGGUGGUCUUGAAAUAAAAUUCCUCUUUUUUUUUGUUUGCUGCCAAUGAAGCUGUGAUUACUCGGACUUUUGAUCCAGAUUUGCUCAAGGAAGCCUAAUCGUAGAAAUUAAUAUAAUAAUUUAGCCAUAGUGUCAUUUAUGUAAUUUUGUAAAACAUGCAUGGUUUACAACUCCAGUUGCAGGCAUAAUUUACUGAGUUUGUGAACUGCAUAGAUGUUCUUUCAUUACUCAUGAAUAAAGUUCAGUGAUAUCAGGAUAUAAUCAAUGCAGCUGAAAUGUUCUGCCUUAGCUAUGUCUGGGCUACUAAAAAUUGUUGUACCGUUAUAAAAAGAAGUGCCGGUACAGAAAUUUGAAAA